AUGGGCAUGGGGGGCAACUGGUCCAAGGAUGCAAAAGACAAAAGAGGACUCACCUCUUCCCAUGUCCUUCUGUUUGCAGUUCUACUGCGGUUCAGCAUCCCAGCCCCAGGGGUAAGUAUUGGAGAAAACAAGAGCAGGGACUGGAUCCCUCAGACCUGCCCCCCGCUGUCCCUCGGGCUCUUUGCCCCCCACUCUGCACUCUCAGAUGUGGAGAAGUCCUCCCCUCUCGAGGAACUGACAGCCUGACUUUUGCAUUUCAGCUGCUGGAGGAUGAACAGCGCUACAUCCUGGGGGUCAUCGAGAGCUGCCAGGCAGCUGAGCUCAGGGGGCUCCGAUCCCUGAAGUGCUCCAAGGAGGAGACGGCCCAAAAAAUUCUGGUGAGUGAUGGGGGGUGUGAGGGACCCCCACGGGGAGGUGAGGGGGAGGGCCUGUUCAUCUGUGGGGAGGAGGACCCUGCCGGCUUAGGCCAUGGGGUUGCCAUUCCCCUGCAAAGCCAAGCCUGGUGUUUGGGGUCGGAGCUGAUUUUCCUCCUCUGUUCUCUUCCAGGACAUCUUGGGGCCCUUGGAGCACUUCAGGGAUCGGCCCCUGACCCUGGCCCUUGCCUUGGAGGCCCUCCUCCAGCUAAGGUGAGUGGGGUCUUUGGCGUGGAUGGGGUUGUGGGGGGGGCAGAACUCCAGGGGGAAAGAGCAGGCGGGAGGGAGAAAGGGGCAAGGGAGACUCUAACCCUCUCCCUUUCAUUUCUGCAGCACGAUGAGGCCCUAA